AUGCCGUCUAAAGGACACCGGAGCAGCAGCACAGGCAGACUCGCACGCACGAGCUCAGCAACCAAAGUCACCAACAACCUUCAGUUCACCCAGAAGGACCUACCAGUUUCGAAGCACUCAGAUAAGGGGAAGAAGUCUGGAGGAUAUGCCAAUGAUAAGACCCCAGCGUUCAACCGGACGAGCAGCAGCCAACGCAUUCACUCGAGAGAGCAGAUGCAACCCUUGCGGCGACACAACCCGCCUCCGAAGGCCAAUGGUGGAAAACCGAAGGCGGGAUUCACAAUCACCGCAGCUGAGGAUGACGACGACGACGACGAAUGGGUGUCCAGCUCCAGCGGUGUCGUUACUCCAAGUAACCAGGACUCGGACUCGGAAACUGCGUCUGAGAAUGAUGGCUCAGAGGUGGGGGCUCUGUAUGCCCAGCACAACCAGCCGCCGAAUCGCACAGGUCCCAGUGGGGCUCCGACAUUGCAGAGGGUCGAAACAGCCCGACCAUCCGAGUUUGCGCCGUCCACUCCCAAGAACGAGGUUCGCCUCCCAGCUCCAGCUGCUGCUGCGCCAUCCCAUACCCAGGGUUUACACGGCCACCCUUCCCAUGCCGAUGUCCAUAAUGCCCAGCUUCAUCAUCUUCAAUCACAACUCAGAAAUCUCGAACUCGAGAGUGCGAAAGAAACCCGCACCGAUCAGGCUCCCCCAUCCCGGCACGGUUCUCGACAAUCACAUAGCAGAAGGUCCUCGAGACCGUCGUCAACUUAUUCAUUUUCUAGUAAAUCUGAUGUUCGUCCCCACCCUCUCAUUCGAGGACAAUCGUUCGGCCAUCUCAACGUCGCCAAAAACUCCCCUCUUACCCCUCUCACAGCGGCAGCCCCUCCACAGCUAUCAACAUCUCCCUCUUCCAGCAUCCAUGAAGACCCACGGAACUUUUUACCCAGUUCUCCGGCUUCAACGUCGGGUGGUUCUUUCAUAGAUAAGACAAACUUAGAUCACCAUCGGCGCACGUCCUUUUCUUCUGCCCGCUCGGUGGCUACCGUCCCCGUUCAGCCAGCGCUCCGUGCCGAACAAAGCCGAAAUAACGACAGAACACGCACACUCUCAACGAUGUCGACAUCGUCUUCUUCUGCUGCACUCUCAGCCUUAUCGCAUCUCCCUGCAGUCACACGACCACCCUCACCCCAAACAAUUGUCUUCUUCCCGCCGGUCAAUCCCCACGCAAACACAGAGAACAUCCACCCAUUGCUGCCUGGGCCUUACCUUAAUAAUCAUUUGACUGUCUUGUCGCGAAGGAUUCCUCUGAGGGAGUCGUAUGACCGCGUUAUUAAAGCGAAGCAAGCUUUAUGA